UUGUGCGGGCGGCCUGCCCUGCGGCGUCACCUCUUGCCCUUUUUGCACUGCUUGCUUUCUUGUCCCCUCCAUCGGGCCGGGCCUUCUACCGCAACAAUUUGGUUGCCAAGGUGACGGAGACGCCACGUUGACGUCACGAAGAUCAUGAGCAAAUACCAGCAAUGUUACGGACGUUCUCGAAGCGUUUCUCCCCAGCGAGGCGUCUCUGUCGCGUCGGCCAGAUGCCGCUCGCACCACAAAGGUCGUCCCGAGAAACGACCCGGUCCUCCCGCUCGGGCUCGCAGCGCAGCGCCCUCUGCAGCAGCAGCUCAAAAGGACAAAACUCUCGAGGGACAGAGACGCGAGCAAGCAGGACGGCAAGUUGGACGGGGGAACGCGCCUGAGCACCAAAAGCCGUCGAAAUGCGACCUGGACGCGCGUUCGCCGUUACUGAAGGCGCAACAGAUGCUCCAAGACGCCCACACGUCCCCGACGCACCCCGCCGCCACGGAAUACAAGCCGCGCACGGUCUCCGUGAAAACGCAGACGAGCCCCGCCUCGGAGCCAGCGCCUCCUCGUCCCGUCGCCUUGGAAACGGAGUACCGCCACAGCUUCCAGGGCGUGGUCCCGCCUCGCGGGCCCCGCCUGCGGAAACAUCUGGAACCUCACCCGAGGCUCCCGCUCUUCCACACGCGCACGAGGAGUCAGAAAGCCAGGGAGGAGUUGGAGAAUAUGCUCCACCCACGACACGAUGACCCCGCCCACCACAGAGCGGCCGCCUCACUUUCGCAGCGAAGACGCAGGAAGCUGACGGAAUACCAAGCCAACUUUUCAACGCCGCGACGCGUCGGCGCCGACGAGACACCCCAGGUGGCGCUGUUGAGGGAGAAGGCCUCCUGGUACCGGCGCCGGGACUGGGGUACCAACUUCUGCCCGAAUUACCUGAGCCAGCUCAGGUCGCCGUUCAACGUCCUGUGGGAGCCCGGCUCUGACGGCGGCUCUCGCUCGGACCCCCGCGACCCGCCUCGCGUGGAGGCUCUGGACUUGGCCGGGUGCUCCGCUUUCUCCUCCGGACCGGAAAGCCCGCCGAGAGCCGGUCGCGAGAUGGCUGCGAGCCGAGAACAAGAGGAGAAUCCGCCGGGUGAUGCCGAUCCGGCGGGCCGGUCCGGUCCGGAGGAAGCUUCUCAGAGGCGCAGCGUCGGCGUAAGCGCGUCGCCUCGGAGCCUCGACUCCCCCCGCCGUCGACCGCGCUCCGCUCCGUCCCAGACGCACGUCAUCCGAGGACAAAUGAGACACGCCGAAUUCCAACACAACGGUGAGUCGCGUCGAUCGGUCGCUUUGUAUAUCAACGAUUGUCUCCGUGACGUUUUCUUAGGCGAGCUGGGUCUGAGGUUCAGGUCGCAACAAUGUCUCGAAUGCCGCCUCUGGACGGACGAAGGCGACCGUCUGGCCUUCGUGUCGGAGCGCUCGCUGGCGUCGUGCUCGGAGGCGGCGGACGUGCUGGAGCGCGCUCGCUCCAGGGGCCGGCAAUUCUGGGGGACGAGCUGAGGAGUCGUCACGGCAAAAACAAACGUUCUUUCUGAUUGUUUGUUGACUCGAUUAUCACGUGAAGUCAUUGGCCGCGGUUUGGACCGGACCUCUACGGCAGCGGAUGAGCGAAACGGCCGCUCGAUGACAUCGCGGCCCGUCGACAAAUAUUGGCUUGUUCUCGACCGCUCGUGACGUUAACUUCCCGUCCGGUGACCAGAUGAAAUAAAAGUCCGGCGGAAGUUGCGUUGAUUUAGUUUGUUUGUCGUCGUCGUCACCGAGUCAAAUUUAGCCAUUAAUAAAGUCAUGAAUUGAGGGUGACGUUUGUCAAUAAGCAUACUAAGCAAACAUUGACGUGGCUGAGAGUGCACACCUAAGGUAGAAUAGUUUGUGAUUUUUCAUUUUCUAGUAUUUGUCAAUUGCUGCUUUGGAAACAAAAAAAAAAUUCUUGAAAUGUGUUCAGUCAGUUUGUGUUUUGUCAUUUUGUAAAAUGGGACAAAAUGCAAAAACGGAAAGGAUUCAUGUCUUUAACCCUUCCGCGAACGAGUUCAUUUGGUCGCUUUUGUUCAUAACCUCGCACCGGAAAGUCACCUCAGCAGUCCACAUUAUUAAUUGGAUGUGUCGUCAUACUUUGACUGACGCUUCAUUUCCUCAGGGUGACUGUAAACGCACCAACGCUGACCUGCGUGUGUAUCUGGGGUUUUUUGCUUGUCCUAUUUUCUGGCGGGGUGGGGGGGGCGGUUGC